AUGCCGUCGGCACAGUCGCACAGCCGCUCACACAGCCUGCUGCUGCUGCAGAAGCUCCUCAACCUCCGUGAUGGCUCGAGUCCCCUGACUCUCGUACUCGACAACCUCGAGCAGAGCGCAACCCCUGUCAUCCGAGAGUUCGUCACAAGAGCCAAGAUCGGCAAGAGCAAGGUCAUCUUCCUGUCCUUUGCGACCCUCAAGAAACCCCGUGACAUAGACGUCUUCGUCAAGGGCCGCGGCAAGACCCUCACAGCUCUGCGGACGGAGAUUCUCUCCCACUACCCCAAACCAGACGAGCAGGCCGACAAAGCGAAGCGCAAGCCCUCUCAACGUGAGUCUUUCUCCUUUCUUCUCUGGGGAAACUUGCUGACAUGCCAAACCCCAGGCACCCUCGUGCUGCUCGACUCGCUCAACGACCUGGCGACCGCCCACCCGCACGACCUCCCCGGCUUCCUCUCCUCCCUCCUCUCCCCCGCCACCUCCCUCGUGGCCGUCUACCACACCGACGUGCCCCUCCUCCUCCCCCCCGCCGCCGUGUCCGAGUACGAGCCCCACCCGCUGACGACCCUCUCCCACCUCGCCACGGCCCUGCUGCGCCUGUCGGCCCUGUCGCAGGAGACGGCCCGCCAACGAGCCCGCGACCGCGCCCUGCAGGAGCCCGAGUUCGGCCUCGCCGCGCACCGCGAGGGCGGGCUCCUCGGCCUGCAGAGCGAGGCCCGCACAUUCGGCGCCGGCGCCGGCGCAACAGCAGCAGACGCGGGCACCACGACAACAGCAGCGGACGCCCGCGCCGCCGUCGUGGACAUGGAACUCCGCCGACGCAGCGGCCGCGCCGUGCGUGAGCGCUUCGUGCUCUACGCGGCGCGCGACGGCGGCGCGGCGUCGAGGGUCGGGUUGCUGGCGGACCAUGCUGCGUUCGCGCCGCCUGCCCCGCCCGGAGGAGGAGGAGGAGGAGGGGCAGAGGGCGGCGCGGGGCAGGACGAGGGCGAGCCGGCGAGCACGUUCAGUCUCGGGUUGACGGAGAAGCAGAGGCGGGACCGCGACGGCAUUGUGCUGCCGUAUUUCGACGCGCAGACGGAUAUCGGGGCGGGCGAGGGCGGGCGGAUCUUGUACGAGAUGGGGCGGGAGGAUGAUUUCGAUGAUGAAGAGGAUGAGAUAUAG